AUGGCAUCCUCUUCUCGCUCGUCCUCGUCGUUGCCGUCGUCACCGUCAGCACAUUCCUUAGCUGCUCUUGCACCAGAGAUAGUCGAGGAGAUCAUCGCGUUCCUUCCUCCCAUCCCGAAGUCGUAUCUGGCGCUCUCCCGCGUCUCGCACGCAUUCCAUUCCCUCUGCAUACGAUUCAUCUAUGGGCACAUCGUUCUCCGCUCCCCGUCGGCUCUAGUGCAGUGCUUCCGGGCCAUUGUGGCGACGCCGAAUCCGCUGGCGGUGCGAAGCAUUGAGGUGAACUGCAGACGCGAAUUGAUAUCCCUUGCAUCGUUCUCCGCCCUGGUGCAACACUGCCUCGUCCGCCUGACAAAUGUGACCCGGCUCGUCAUCUUCGCCCCAGAGCAGACGACAAGCAGCUUCGUAUCCGCGCUCCAGCAGUGCUCGUUUCCGUGGCUGACGCAUCUCGAGAGCUGUUUCUCGCUCGACGAGCGGAUGUCGGCGUUUUUGAGUCGGCACCCCAGGAUCAGCUACCUCCAGCUCGACAGCCUAGAGCCCACGAGCCUGGGGGGCGAAAUCCGGUUACCCGGACUCGAGUACUUCGUCGGCAACAGUACGUGCCUGGCGCCCGUGGCCCGACACGCGUCGUUACGCGCCGCAUUCAUCACGUGGGACGACGCAGACGAGGCCCGGGACAACCAGGACGUGUUUGCCGCCCUCGAGCGACGCAGCACGGACACGCUGAACGUCCUGGCGUGCCGGAGACACAGCUGGAAUCUCGACCUGCUCGAGCAGAUCUCAUGGCAUCUUCCGCACAUCUAUGCGCUCAGUCUGACGAACCUGUUCUUCGUGCCUAGUCGCACGAUGAAGUGGAUCCGCAUCUGCGACAACCUGUGGCUUCCGGACCUCGCUCAUCUUAUUGGACCGGGCUCGCGCUGGAUCUGGGACCGUCUGCGGGAACGGCGGUAUCCGGACUGGGACCGGAUACUCGAGACGACGCAUGCCCGGCGCGGGGGCGCUGCAGCCAUCGCGCAUAUGCGUCUGCUUGCGCUCCGCGAUGCCGCGCUGGACUUGAGGGUGCCGAGUCACAGGAUGCCACAGGAGGAGGAGCAGUGCGAGAUCAGGUUGGGCGGCGCGGGGUCGAUGCUCGAGGAGGAAGAUGUUACAGAGACGAGGACGACAUGA